AAAAAUGUCCUUUAUAUCUGCUGCUUAAGUUUCGUAGAAAACCACACACUAUUUGUCUUGACUUGCUUACGUUGACCCUUCCUUUGUCAUCAAUCACUCUUCUUUCAUUACUAUAAAGACCCUCCAACAAUUACUUCUUCACUUCAUAUCUUCACAGCGUCUCUAAAUUCUAUUCCAUUUUGCAUCAAUAAUUGUUCUACCUUAUAGCUCUCCUCUCACAUAUCGCAAGCUUCCGUAACAAUGAUGAAAGUAGUGUUAAAGUUGGAUAUACAUGAAGACAAAAUCAAGCAAAAAGCUAUGAAGGCAGUCUCUGGCCUUUCAGGGGUUGAGUCAGUUUCAGUGGACAUGAAAGACAAGAAACUAACACUAAUAGGAGAUAUUGAUCCUGUAAAAGUAGUGGCUAAGCUAAGGAAGUUUUGUCAUGCUGAAAUUAUCUCAGUUGGACCUGCUAAAGAAGAAAAGAAAGAUGAAGCUAAAAAGAAGGAAGAUGCUAAGAAAGAUCCAGCAAAAGAAAAUGUUGUGAUUAAUCCUUUCAUGUUUCAUGGAACACAUGCUUACUAUACUCAUCAGAUGAAACCACAAUACAAUCCUUAUUACCGUGUUGAAGAAAAGAAAGAUGAACCUAAAAAAGUCGAGGCUAAAAAGAAGGAAGACGUCAAGAAUGAUUCAACAAAUACACAUAUUAUUGAUCCAUUGAUGUUCUAUGGAACACAUGGAUAUUAUAAUCAUCAAAUGAAACCACACUACAAUCCUUAUUAUGGCACGGUUAGUGUUGAAGAGGAUCCUAAUAGCUGUGUCAUCAUUUAAAUUUUUUGUGUAUGAUGUUUGGUAAAAAGUUAAUCUGAAAAGUUAUUGUAUAUUUCUUUCUUGUUUUGUAAAAGUAGUAAAUUAGUUAUAAUAUGAGACUUGCAAGACUAUUCUUAUACAUUUUAUUUAUAUAAUAAGUACAUUAUUAAUCAAUAUGAUAAAGUCUAAACUUAA